CCUACCCAACUGGAUAUCACCAAUUGUCAUCAUUCAUUACACAUCAACAUUCUACAAAUCCAUUCUAUAUAUACAUAAGCCAAGUCUUGUAACGAGAGCGACACAACAUUUGCUAAAUUAAAUAUAUAGCAAUGAAGGUUCAUGGGUUUUCCAAUGGCUUUUCUUCGUGGGAUCAACAUGACUCGUCAUCAUCCCUUAGCCUAACCUGCAAACGCCUCCGUCCUCUCGCCCCGAAGCUCUCCGGCAGUCCUUCCUCCCCUCCUUCUUCUUCCUCCGUCAUCACUUCCGCCACUUUCGACCUCAAGAGCUUCAUUAAACCCGAUCAAACCGGUCCAAAAAAUUUCGAAUACCCUCUUGAGCACAGAAUUGACCAUCCUCAAGUGGAGACGCACCCGGGAGGGACAAGGUGGAACCCGACUCAAGAACAAAUAGGGAUACUUGAGAUGUUGUACAAAGGUGGAAUGCGUACUCCUAAUGCUCAACAGAUCGAGCAGAUCACAUCUCAACUAGGUAAAUACGGGAAAAUAGAAGGGAAGAAUGUGUUCUACUGGUUCCAAAACCACAAAGCCCGCGAGAGACAGAAACAGAAGAGGAACAACCUCAUCAGCCUAAGUUGCCAAAGCAGCUACAAAACCACUUGUGUCUCUAACCCAAGUGUAAUAAUGAAGACAACAACAUCAUCAUCACCAGAGACCAGGAGAGAGUCCAUGGGGGAGAAGGAGAAGUUGGUGGAAGAAAAUGAGUACAAAAGAGCAUGUAGGAGCUGGGGAUUUGAGAACUUGGAGAUAGAGAGCAGAAGAAACAUAAAUAGUAGUACUAAUGCUACAAUGACAACUACUUUUAAUAAAAUCAUUGACAAUGUAACCCUUGAGCUUUUCCCUUUGCACCCUGGAGGUUGGUGAAGAAGAUGAGGCAGAAAAUGUGGAAUUCUUAUGUAGAUCUGGUUUAGGCUCAGACGGAGUAGUUGGUAUCUAGAAAUUCCAAAAAAAAAAAACGACAAAAUAAUAAUAGUAAUAAAAAGUUUCUGAAUUUACAUAAUCUACUUAAGAAUUCCCUUGUAAUCUGCGAGACUGAUGUAUCAUGUGUAGAUCUUUGCGAUGUAUUCUUAACUAUGAAACAUUAGUUUAAUUAAUCUAUUUAAUUUCGUCUUUGUUCUUAACAAA